CAUUGGACUAUCAAAUAAAUCAGACGUCAGCGUAUUCAUUACUUUAGUCACAGCUUGUUCGAAAAACAGCAAACACGUUUUAAAGAAGUUCAUAUAAUAUUAUAUUUAAACAGUAAAAUAAAAAUGAAGAAACUUGCAGGUGUUUUCAUUUCGUUGUAUUUAAUGUGCACAAUUUCAGGCAUAAUCUGUGAUCAGUAUGAUUCGUGUAAAAGUUUAUAUAAGAAAUGUUCAACUGAUUGCCAAUGUUGUUAUUCAAAAUGUAGUUUCUCAUGGCUCUCUUUUAGAAGUUAUUGUAAUGACAAUACUAACAUACUCAAUCCAAUAACAUCCUUCUUUAGUUCUAACGAUCAAACAGGAAUGUGUUCAUAUAACGCGCCGGAAAAUAGGACAAUUAGUGAUCGAAUGUACAAUAUACAUGGUUUAAAUGCAGCCCACGCUUUAUUAGAACCAGGCACCAAAGUCGAAGUGCGACUGAACGAUAAAAAAUUAAUAGUUACAAUAAAUGAUUAUCCUUCAACAGAAAAAGGGGUAAUUCUAGAGUUUUCCAGAGAAACAGCCAAGGUAUUAAAUAUUGAAAACGGAAGAAAAAUACCUUGCACGAUUAUUGUACCCCGAUUAGAAAAUACUUCGUAUUACAAAUAUCUUGAAUAUGUUUUACCUUAUUUGAGUUUAUUUACGUUAUUAUUCAAGAUGAUAUUAUAAAUAUAACCAAAACUAUACACUAGUUACAAAAUUUGAAAUUUACUUUUUACUGAAACAAAGUAAUAUUAAUUUAUGCAAGUUUGAAAUUUUAGGCGCAAACUUUGUAACAGUCAACAUAUUUAUUGUGAAUUGUGAUCAACCCAAAAAAUCAAUCUCAUUUUUAAUUAAGUAGGUAUUUACUAUUUAUUUGACUCCUUAUCAUUCAUUUAUACGAAUAAAUAUCUACACAAUUGUCUGUAUGAAUAAAAAUAAACUAAACUUAAGUAUAAAUAGACGGUAGGCAAUAUAUUAUUUUUAUUUAUUUUUGCAAAUUUAUUGAAAACUAAUAAAUAAUAAUAGACCUUUUUUCAUUUUCAUACAAAUAUCAUUCUAUAAUAUGUUCAACAAGACAAUAAAUAAUUAGUUACUAACAUAUUGGUAUCAACCUAAAAUAAUUCAUAAUGAAAUACUGUAAGUUUGCAAUUCUGUAGUUCUAACCGUUUUAGUUCAACAGUUCCACAUAAUGGACUUAUAUAUUUUAAGGAUUUUAUAAAAACAAAAUUAUUAAACUAGUAUUUGUUUAAUUGUUAAAAUCAAGGACCGGGUGUCAGCCCUUUUUAUUUUUUUACAUGCAAUUUACAAUAUAUUCUUUAAUAGAACACAAUAAGCAAAUGUGAAUGAGUAAUUACAUGUGAUUCUUUUGAGGGAAGAAGCCACCCAUUAGUGACAUUUCCUACCCCCUUGUUUAAAAUGUAUAAUAAACAAUCAAUUCAAUACUUAUUUAUUUCACGCCCUAGUUUAUACUUCAAAAUUCAAAUUUAUAACUGAUAAGCAACGACAUAAGACGUAAAAUACUAGGUAGAACGUCGGGUUAAUCAUAUGAUGUAUAUUUUAAUGAAUAAAUAAGAACUAAAAUCCUGACGACCUGACUUAAUAGCGGGUUUUAUGUGAAAUAACAUUAUGUACAUGUAGUUACUGUUUAGAGAAUUUCAUUGUCCUAAUGUUAUAAUUAAUAAUUGAAACUGAAAAUGUAUUUCAAAUUAUAUUUAUUAUCUGUAACAUAAUAAUUUAUUUUAAUUACCUAUAUGUCUGAGCUGUCCGGUUAUUAAAAUAAUUUACAGUUAUUAAUAUAAUUUGUGGAGCUGCAUUUAUUUGCUUCGUCAUUCUUCUCCAUACGCGGAAAAAUGUUCAACUUCAAAUCACCGAAACAAUGAAAUGUGGACAAGGGACACGGUACACCUUAUGUAUAUAUUAUAAUAUCUUAGCUUAUAUAUAAUUUAGCCAGAUAGAAAUCUCACAUAUUAAUAUAUUAUAAUAUGAUAUAAGAAAAUAUUUCUGCCAUAAAAAUGACUUAUUAGACUUCCGAGUUCCGAGUUUCGAAUUCAAAUUUAUAAUCUGUAAAAUUAUUGAUAAGAGUAUAAGACUAAGACAAGAACUACAUAAAUAUGCAAGGCUGGGCAAGUUAACGAUUUUUUUUUAACUCUUUAAGUUAAGUUAUAUUAAAAUAACAAAGUUAAGUUAAGUUAAAAGUUAAAAGUCACUCGUAUUUUUUUUCGUUAACUCGUUAAGUUAAGAGUUAACUUUGAAAAAAAGUAACUUAACUUAGGGUAAAGUUAAAAUUUGGUAAUUUUCAAUAAUAAAAAAAUUCCAAACACAUAAUAUGGUUUAUUAGAUAGUUUUUCUGUACACUUAAGAAAAUUACUAGGGAAAUUUAAAAUGAUACAUCAAAGUAAAAACCCAUUACAAAAUUUGCAUUAUUCUUCGGACGAAAAUUAACCUAAUUUAGAUACUUUUGAAAUAAAAUUAACUUGAAGUUAACACGUUAAUCCCGAAAAAAAGUAACUUAUUAAGUUAGAAGUUAAUUUGAAAAAAAAAGUAACGAGUUAAUUAACUUAACGUUUUAACUUAAUUUUAACUUUUAACUCGUUAAUGCCCAGCCUUGUAAGUGCGUAGCCAUGUUGAGGCUAGUAGGCACCUCGUACAUAGAUAAUUUACGUAAUGUUGUAAGUAACUUUAAUGAUCAAGCUUAAUUUAAAUUUAAAACAUUUAAAAUAAAACUGAUUGGUUUGGCAAAAUAAAAUUAUGAACGAAAAGUAUGGCA